UAGGCACACGAACACACUCGCCUUCUCUUCUUGUUUCAAACGCGCUGAAACCCUCCCAUCCCAGAGAAAAAAAGGGGAGAAAAGAAAUUCAAAAGCUCCCAAACCCCUCGUCCGCCGCCGCCAUGGACAGGGCCCCGCCGCGCGGCGCUCCCCGCGACGCCGUCGGCCAGCGGUGGCUCGCCGUCUUCGCCUUCCAGGCCGCGCUCUCGGCGGCCGCCUCCGUAAUCCACCUCGCGACCUCCCCGCGCCGCCGCCACGCCAGCCUCGGGGUGCCCCCGGCCCUCCUCCUCGCGCUGCACCCGUUCCUCUCCUGCGCCGCCACGGGGCUCCUCGCGCUCGCCUUCCUCAUCUCCGCCUCGCCCCACCCGCGCCCGCCGCCGGUGCCGCUGCGCGCGCUCGCGGCCUUCCUCCUCGCCGCGGCCGGCGCGCUCUGCGUGGCCGCGGCGGCGUCUCUGGUCCCCGAGGACGCCGGCUGGGCCGCCGUCGCCGGGCUGGGGUUCCGCGGCGCUGUGCUGGGCGCGGUGUUCGCCGCCCACUACUUCGGGCGUGGGAGGUGGCUGCUCCAGUUCCCCGUCGUGCAGCGACCUCUGUUCUAUGGAUUGAAGAUGGGGCUCCUACCAUCUAUGAAAAGGGCUCUAAAGGUGUCGCUUCAGGCCUUCUGCCUUUCAUUUGUCCUGAUUUUUAUUCUUCCCCGGCAAUUCAGAAUUGGAGGAUCCAUUGGAAGCCAAAUUAUCACCCAAAUCGGUAUUUUUAUGGUGACCACAGGUGUUUCCUUCUGUUGGGAAAUAAGCCAUCAUUUUGUCCAGGUUGUGCAUACAAGAAGGUGCAGUUUUACUCCACCUCAGAGCACUGCCGCUGCAGAGACUAAUCCUACGGAUUAUAUCCUUGAAACAUUGGAACUAAGUGAUCCACGGUCGCUCAUGCAGUAUCUUGCCUUCCAAGAUUUGUGUGCAGUAUCUGAAUGUAACAUAGAACCUUGGCGUCGGGGUGCCUUCUUCGAGGAAUCUGGUGAAACUUACAAAAGAAUCGUGACAGCCUGUUUGAAGCCACUUGAGGACUUCACUACAAAAAUUGCUGAAGCGCUCGAAGGGUUUUCUAGCGAUAAGCCAGAAUUAUUGUCACAACAGUCUAAGCUCUAUGGUGCAUUUAGUGAUGCACAGAUAUGCUCAUGGUGUGCUCGGACAUUGGCGACAUUGACUGCACGCUCACGGCGAGAGGAUCGAUAUGGAGUUGCUCAGCUCACUGGCUGCAAUGCUGCUGUGAUGUCUACCCUGCUGUCUGCGCUAGUUGCGGUGGAAGCAUGUUUAGGAAAGAAAACCAACCCGCAACCUGUGCACUCACUGGGUCCAGCAAGCAUUAGGUGGGGCAACUUCUCCACAGCAAAAAAGGGCAACGUAACUGCCAUUGCAAGCACGCAGAGAGGCGGUCUGCACACUAAAGCUUAUUUGAUGGCUGAUGUUUUCCGGACGUCGAUCUAUCAGAUAGUUUCAGCCUUCCUGGAUGACAUGCGGGCAAAUGCGAAAUCUUCGAGUCUGGAGAAGAACUGGAUCAGUGAAGGAAGAAAACCUAUAUUUGGUUCACCUGCUGUGUUGGUUCAGAAGCUGAGCCUGUUCACUGAAUACCAUGCUGUCUGAACAUUGUGUGAUGCCUCGCAGAUCCUUGUUAGCGAAAACAGUCCAUGCAAGGAAUCUUUGUAUUGAACCGACGAACUGUUUAAGUAAAGUCUGGAACUGUGACACUGCUAUCUCA